AUUUUGGGCGCUCUCUUUUUUUUUUUUAAAUUUAAUUAUAUUCAAUUGUAUUUAUCGUGUUGAAUCAUAACAUAAGUUAUAUCAGGACUCUUUACAGAUACAGGUCUAGAGAGCACACUCUACAGAGACCCAGAAUUACGUCUUAACAAUUUCCACAACAGCACUAGCCGUCGUUGCUUCAGUAAACGAUCUGGGUUUGCGGUGCUACGACUGAACUGUUGUGUUUGGUUGGUUAGCAACAGGUGUGGCGCGGAGGUUGAAGGUGAAGGGGAUGCGUCAGCCUUUGGGGCAAGAUGAACCAAGAAGUAGUUUUGGCAAAGCUGAAGAAGGAUGUUCGUUCCUUGCUCAUUUCAUCUAAGAUGGGCUUGGACCCCGAUGAGCUCAGGCGAGACUAUGUCAAAAUGUUGGGGCAUCCUAUGCCCCUGAAACUCUUGGGCUUCAGACACAUCAUGGAUAUGGUGAAGGAGAUGCCUGAUGUUGUGUCGGUUAACUUCAGGGUAGAUGGCAGCCCAUUUUUAAAAGCUGUAAGUGACGAAUCCACCCGAAACAUUGAGGAGCUGGUUGCUAAGCAGCGCGUGUCUAAGAGCAACAAGAAGUUCAGGACAGGAGGUGUCAGCUACUUCUCACCCCGCUACUGUCAACAGUCUCCCGCUGUUGUCCUUCCCAGACGAGGUCGUGCUCCUGUGGCUGUACCUGCCCAGUUGAGGGCACAGCUCCGCAUUUUGCUCUCCCAGUUUCCACUCAGAUUGUCCGAUUUGGAAACCAGCUUCUUGCGCUGCUUUGGCCACCCGCUGCGUGUCCACAACUACGGCUUCUACUCUACUGGAGAGAUGCUGGAGGCAGUGUCGGACCUAGUUGUUAUCCAGCAGAGCAGGUUGGGCUCAGUUCUGACCCUGAGGGAACAUCUGCUGCCAAAGCCACUGCUCAGACCGUCUAACUUACCAAGGCCAACUGGACCCAUAAAGUCAGUAUCGCCAAGAACUGGCCAGCCAGCCUCUAAAGGGCCAGACAUGAAAACUCAGACACCAACAAUACCCCCAGUCCUGUUGAAGCAGAGUCCUCUGAGCCAUCCAGCUACUGAUACUACCUUGGACCCUGUUCAUAAAGAGUCAACUGUUGGUAACAAGACACAGGUGGCGGACAAGGACCAGGAAGGAGACCAAGAGCUCUGUCAGAAAGGUCAGCUCUUUCAGAAAUGUGUCCAAAAGCUGGAGGAGGAGCUUCGCCAGCAAAUAGUGGAAAAUGGAGUCGCUGGCACCAUUAGUCAGGAGCUGAAGGACAAGCUGCGAAAGGUUGUAGGUCAGACCAGUGGUGGAAUAUCGGUGCACGAUCUGCCUGCAGAGUACAAGAGGCUUUUUGGUGAGGAUGUUCCACUGCAAAAAAGCGGCUUUGUCAGUGUCACUGAACUGGUCAGUGCCAUGAGUGACACCUUCCACCUGAAACCUGUAGUGGAUGACACUGGGCAGCACUGGAUUGUCAUGGUGAUAAAUGACUGUGACAAUACGCAAUCAGACUCAAAGGUGACUGAGAGUUCUGGUGAGAGUGGGAAUCUGCCAGUUAUGAGCUACUAUUUCAGCUAUGAAGAGUCUCCUUGGGAAGGCAAACUGGAAGGAGACAACACUAAUAUAGUUGAAGAUGAUGAUAAUGAGGAGCUAAAGACCUAUGCAACCAACAAUUCCAAGAAUACCCACGAAAAGAUGUCUCAGGUGUACCCUGCCAUUCAGGUGCAUUGCAUCCCUUCAGUGCCCCUGGAUGCCCUGCAGAGUCAACGUCUUAAACCGCCGACACCCCAUGGUGCUCGAGAGCUGAUAGAAGUCCUGGUUGAACAGGUGGAGUCGCCAGGAAAUUUCUACAUCCGCUUCAGCGAGAGUGAGGAGUCUCAAGCUAUGGAGGACAUGAUGAUUGAGAUGAGACAAUGUUACACCUAUCCUGAGGUGUCAGAGCGUUACCGCCUCCCUGAAAAAUUUGUCAGACGGGGUCAAGUCUGCUGCGUGUCACCCAAAGGAAUGUGGUUCUACCGGGUGGUGAUCCACCAGAUCAUCAGCCCCACUCAGGUCGAGGUGUACUAUGUCGACUUUGGUGAUAUAACCGUGGUACAGAGCGCCAACCUCAAGUUCCUCAAGUCAUGUUAUUCUGAACUUCCGGCACAAGCUGUUCCAUCAUCACUGGCUGGAAUUAAACCAACCACUGGCAGCUGGACUGCUGAGGCAAGGGCUUCUUUCCAGAAGCUGUGCUCCGAACGCACCCUGGUGGGCGCUUUGGAUUGUUACACCGGAGAUGUGCUUCAGCUCUACCUGUGUGACACACAUACUGAUAUCGACAUCUACAUCCACACCGUCCUGGUGAGCCAGGGCCACGGGACAGCCUGCAGCCCUGCAGUCAGUGCAGCAUUGUGUGUCCAAAUCCGCCCAGUGAGUCUCUACCUCGGGGAGGGAAUGGUUGACCUGCCAGAGGUAGAAGAGGAAACGGCAAGUUUCUUGAUAUCUCAAGUUGAGGAGGAAGAGCUGCCUGACCUGGAGUUUAUUGAGAACAAAGAAGUCAGCCCCCAUAUCCAGGGUAUGGACGCCAACACGUUCAGUGCUCUAAUAAAUGGCCAAACCUUCAGCUGCAGUGAAUUGGGCUCGGCCUUGGCCAACAAACCGCCUCCUACCAGCCUUUCCUGCCUGACCUCCAGCCCUCUUGCCCCUCCAGAUUUGAUCCAGACCCGGAAAAUCCUAACUCACUGUACAGCUGACGUUAAAACACUGAGCAUGACUCAUCCACCAACUCCGUCCAGCAUUUCUUCCAACUCCUGCUGUCCAACGCCAAAAAAGGUUUUGGUCGGGCCACCUCCGAUCCUGAGGACCCUGAGCCUCCACACCCCUGACCUAGCCCAAAUCCAUGACUGCACUCAGGGUGUACCAGUUUCUCCACUCCAUCUUCGACACUCUGGCCAUCUGUUUCCUGUGUUUGGGACCAGGUAGGACGUGUCUCCUACAUCCAACACAACCAGAAUGAGUCAACACCAAAGGAAUGAACAUGUAUUCCAUAAUAACUACUAGUAAUCGUAGUAACAGGCCACUCUCAGAAUCCUGUUUUGGAAUAAUUUUGUCAUCACUUUAGUUGUUUACUGACUUGUAAAAAGUGAUUAAAGCAUUUUUUAUAGGAAGUUAAUUUUAAUCUAUUCUAGAUCAGUUAAAUUGUAUGUUAGUUUCUGUUUAUUGGUUUAAUAACUGUGUAAUUGUAGCACUUUCCUAACAGUUUUGGAAGACAAAAGAAAUGCUGGAAAUUGAUGGCUGUUAUUUUUUAAAUGUGAAUACACUUGGGAAUGCUUUUUGUU